AGUUCACCACGGCUAUCAACUGUGUCUUUGGUGAGAAUGAAGAAUAAGCAUAUAAACGAAAAACAGCACGCCGACAACAAUGGGGUGGGUUAUCGCACCCAAACAUCUAAGCUGUUGAUUCGCGUAUUUAAAAAAUGUGAGUACUUUACGACUGCCAUCUCUGUACAUUCACGUCUUAAAACGACACUUUAACAGCCGAUUUGGGCAUUUAAGCUAUCCGAACGCCAAAUACAACUUUUCAAACUAGAACUGAGCCCCUCCCUUCGUUUACGGUUAACAGGGACUCCACCUGGGCGCCUCAACCUCCUUCCCUUUCGGAGUUCCCGACGUGUGAGGCUCGAGGUUUCGUAUUUAAGCCACCGCCGCCAACGACUACCAAACACGUUCAUUUCCGGUUUUGUCAGAAACCCGAGGGUACGGAGACAAGCAGUCGCCACCUCAGCACCACACAAAGACCCUAAAUUAAAGCGCCGGGGCGCCCCCCACCUUCCUCUUAUGGCCAUCGGCGACCCCCUUCUUCUUCUUCUUCUUCUUCUCUUCUGUGGCUGCUCGCCUGCCCUCCCCCCACUCGCGUCUCAAAGCGCAGUGCAUUGUGGGGGAAGUCGUUGCCAUUCGACCUCUGCGGGGCCUGCGCGGACGCCGAGAGGAGAGCCCUGAAGUCGAUUAUGCGUUUUAAAUUUUUAUUUAUUUCCGCAUAAUCUACGGAGAAGCACCGGGAGGAGAAGGGGAGAGGAGUCGUGUCGAGGUGUAGCGAUUCCGUUUGGGAGCGUAGUUAUUUAUUAAGCGGUGGGGGGGUGUAUAUAGAGAUCGUUCUGCAUUGUAAUUUAUUAAGAAAUGUCCGGAGAAAGAAACCGCAGGUCGCUGGCUUUCCGAGGCGGUGGAUUAGCCGUGUCCAGCGCUGGAGGUGUCGGUGGCGGCAGCAGCGGCGGGAGCGGCAGCGGAGAGGCCCGGGCCUGGCAGGAGAGACACAUAAACGGCAGCAGGCCCGAGCAGGACGAGGAAAGGGAACUGGAGGAAAAGGCGACGGCCCUUGGGGGAGUAGAGGACGGGGGGUCGAUCAGCGACAGUACGGGGCCUGACGGGGAGGAGGAAGAAGACGCGGAAGGGGGAAGCUGGGUCACCGGGAACGGACUGGAUGUCGGGGUAGUCAAAGUCGGCGGAGAAGGUGGCGAAGACGACCAAGGAAGCACUUGGGGUGUAGGCAACGGCCUGGAAGAUGGGGAAGCGAUCGGAGGUGCCGGCGGCGGUGGUAGUGGCGAAGGCGGUGGCAAUCUUUCCGAAGACGACCGACGGGAAGGGACUAGUGGGGUGGACGGUGAGGAAACGGGGGUCCGAAAGCUAGGCGUAGAGAUGAGACCGCAGACCCUUCUCCAGAAGCAUUGUCUGUUCCAGGGUUCUUGGCUCCAGGAAUUCCCUUGGUUAAAUUUUUGUCAGGAGACCGGACUGAUGUCCUGCACUUGGUGCCACGGCAUUGGAAACAAUUAUAACGAUGAGUUGGCCAAAGGAAGCCGGAAUUACAAAAGGGCCCUGCUCCUGCGACAUCACUUAUCUGCCGAGCACAGGAAGAGCGACCCUAUGAAACAGGAUUCUGAAAGACUAGGGGAAUCAGUUGGCGAAGAAUUUGAGGAUUACAGAACCAAGCCAAAUGAAAAUUCUUAUUGCUACCAACUACUUCAGGAACUGAAUGAACAGAGGAAAAAGGGUAUUCUUUGUGAUGUUAACAUUGUUGUCAGUGGGCAAGUGUUUAGAGCUCACAAAAACAUCCUGGUUGCAGGCAGCCGCUUCUUUAAAACACUCUAUUGCUUAACAAAAAAUGAGAGCUGUGACCAAACCACGAUCACCCACUUAGAUGUUGCUGCUGUUCAGGGCUUUUCGGUUAUCUUAGACUUUCUGUAUUCUGGCAAUCUUCUUCUCACAAGCCAAAAUGCCAUUGAGGUGAUGUCCGUAGCCAGCUACCUCCAAAUGACUGAAGUUGUCCAAUCUUGCCGCGCUUUCAUUAAGGAUGCUUUGAAUAUCAGUACCAAGUCUGAAGCUCCUGAUUCUGUAGUAGUGGAUUAUAACCGACGGAGAGCAAUCAACAAAGAUUCAAAAGGAUCAGAAAAGAAACCUACCAAUUUUUGGGCAACAAGCAUACUCUCCAAAUUGUCCAUCAAAGCAAGCAGCCAUGUCAAGGAGGAGCCAAGUGACAUAGAAGGAUCCCUUAAUGAAAAUUAUCAGCUCAGUAAUUCUGGAUGGGGAUAUGACAACUCUUCAGAGUCCACAGAGAAUGAACCUCAAGGGCAUGGGACAGUAUUCGUCUGGAAUGAAACGGCCACCCAACAACUGAAGAAUAUCAAGCAAGAGCCUGGCAGUGGCAGGAGGAAAAAUCAGACAACCAGGCGGUUUGUGUAUAAUAUCCCACCAGAACCAGAGGAAGGUUUUGAGGAAGGCAUGCUUGUACAACCAUCUGCGUCGUACUCCAAAGAUGACCUACAGUUCUUUUCAGAGAAUGCAGAGUUAGCAAACCAGAUCCAGUACAGCUUGUUGCAAGAAACACAACCUAGGGAACCAUGGGAAAAUGCUAUUACAGAACCUCGUCAGGCUGGAAGAAAUACUUUUACAGGUGAAUCAACGGCAUCUGCUGUGAACAAGCUGAAAUGUCCCCAUUGUAACUACAUCGCCAAACACAGACGAACACUAAAGAGGCAUUUGAUCAUACAUUCAGGGGUGCGUUCAUUCAGCUGCGACAUUUGUGGAAAACUUUUCACAAGAAGAGAGCACGUGAAGAGACAUUCCCUGGUGCACAAGAAGGACAAGAAAUACAAGUGUAUGGUCUGCAAGAAAAUCUUCAUGCUAGCUGCUAGUGUGGGAAUUCGACAUGGUUCUCGUCGUUACGGUGUAUGUGUAGACUGCGCAGACUCCCAUCAAGGCUCACAGGAAGGUUUGGAUCAAAUGCAGGACAUUGAGUACUCCAGGGAAGAGGACUAUGAGGAAAACGAAGGGGCCGAAGUGGAAGAGGAGCUUGGGGAUGAAAAUGAAGAGCAGAAUGAAAACGAACAGUCGAACUGGGAGGAGGCCGAUGCCAGUGACAUGUGUGUCACUUUAGAUGACGACUAGCUAGCGAGUGACCCAAACAAUCAAAACUCCAAAGUGCUAUCAAUAAUUGUGUUUAAUGUACCAGGCAAAUUUUGGAAGAUAAAGUGGGAGGUCGACCUCUGAACAAAGGGCCUCUACGGUAGAUGUACAGAAUUAGGUUUUGGACACUGGAACAAUGGGCCCGUAGUCAUGUGAGCGAGCGAUUGAGCGAGAGAGGGAGGAGCGAUUUUCUUAAAUCAAGAUUUUAGUGAUGUAAUUUUUCAAUUUGGGUCUGUACAGCGUUUUAAUUCAUAAUAUGCCAAUCAUCUUAAAAAGAAAUUUUGUUUUAUUUAAUUUAUGAAAUACUGAUAUAAUGGUCUUAUUAAACAAUAUAAUUUUUUUCUUUAAUGUUUUAUGUUUGUUAUCUUUGUUUUCUUCUAAAAGGAAAAAAAAUUCCACUGUUACCUGCCACAGUUAAACAUAAUAUACAAAAAAAUAAAAAUUGCUGCGAGUCACAGCACCACUGCUUCUAUGGUUAAUAGCACCCAUAUAGCUCAUGGGACAUUUUCCAUUUUUGGGGGGUGGGCACAUAUAUAUAUAUUUCUUUAAAAAAGGAGUAUUGUAAGAUUUAUCUUUUUCCAGUUAUUCACUCAGUUUCCUUGGCUAUUCAGAUGUUUCGACUUGUACUUAGUCGGACACGAAAAGCUCCCAGCCCAUAGAGCAGAAUAUUUGUUUCUUUUUCGGCAAAUUUUUUUUUUUUUUUUCAAGCCAAGUAAUCAGUUACAAGAUACCCCGCUAUGACCUCUGUUUUAUUGUUGCAAAGAUCCUUUAAAUAAUCCUUAAAGGUCAAAUCAAGAAUUUGUUAAAUCUCCCUUUUAUCAGACCAAAAUUAGAUUGAUCACAACUGAUUAAAUAACUGGAAGACUAUAGUAGAAAAUGUGCAUUUAUAGAUGGAUAUAUUCUGGUCUAUUUAUAUUUUAAAGACAUGAGCAUCUUUUAAUAUAAAUUAUUAUGCAUUAAUCUUUACCCAAAAUGUGUCUAUAGCUUUACAGUUCUUUGAUUUGUUUGUUAUAUUUAUAUAGACGGUUGAACCUGUGCCAUGUGGAGUUAAUCUAUUAAAAUAAAGAAUGUCCUUUUAGAGUUCUCCCUUUCGAAAUGAAUAUGUGAUGCAGCAGGACUUUAAUACAGGAGACCUGCGGCAAAAGAGAAACACAUUUAUGUGCUUAACAUUUCAACUUUUUAAAUUCAUGAUCGAGUCUAAAUAUUUGACAAACGUAAUUAUUCCGUAAUUGGCAGAUGACGUUUUAUUGUCACUGGUUUAGUUCCUUAUAGAUCUAACUUUAAUAUUGACACAUCUGGCUGAAGUAGCGAAUUUCAGGGCAUCAUCCUAAAUACAAUAGAAAUGAGGUAGGAGUUGUUCUGUCACUGCAAGGCACCAAAGAGCACAAAGGUAAUUGUUGUGAAAUGUCCAACUGAAUCACUGUAGCAAAAACUCUGUUAGUGCUGCUUGUGUGGGUUCUUAGUAGGCAUAUCUGCAGGGCUCCCUCAAAUGUCAUUCAGUCUGUCGUCGCAAUGACCACCUGAAGGGCUGUUAAAAUGUGUUUAGUCAAAUGUCUGCAAGUAAUUGAAUUUCACGUGAGAGUUGGAAUGUUGCUGCAUUCACAUGCUAUUGGGACUAUUUGGAGCUCUGAUUUGUGACGUUCUGUGUGUUCACGUGAAUUUUCGGUUGAACUAUUCAGACAAACACAAGGGUUUUUUUUUCUUCCAAGCUAAGUAACAAAUUAACAAAUUAUUUUUUGAAUAUGGUAAACUAAACUUGUUAAACAAGUAUCGCUUCACUGCAAAUGCAAUUCAACUACAAAAAUUGCAUUUCUGACUGACUGGGUUAUAUUUUUUAUUUUAUACAAUGGGCUAAAGUGGGAGGUCAGAGCUCCAUCAGAACUCUGAGAAUUUGGGUAGCUUCGCUUUCUCAGAAUUCUCCGAGUUUGUACGGUGUUGACAUGGAGUUUCCGACUUAUAUUGCCAGUCUGCCUGAUUAGCAUGUGAACACAACAUGUUUGUGACGCCCAGAGUUCAAACAGAUGGUCUGAGCAACUUCCUCCUUUCAAUCUCUUAGUCUUGGUUCUCUUUUGGUCUUUAAAAAAAGUGUUAGUGUUUAACCAGAUAAUAUCACCUUUCAUUAAACCAUAUUCAAAAACAUUUGCAAUGCUUUCUUCCAUUUAUAUUAGAUUUAAAAAAAACAAUCAAAAUUGGCAGAGCACAAGAAAAUGUCGGAGCUGUAUUGCUGUGAACUCGCACCAUGAAGCAUCUCUGUUCAGGUUUGGACUCCAAUGGGUGGAGUGUAGUGGAGACUCGCUGCGUGCUGUGUACAGAGACUGUCUCUGCGUGGCUGGCUAAUGGAGUUACUCCUUUAGCGCGCUCUUCAUGAUCACUUCUGAGCCACCAGCAGCUACCACAUCACAUGUCCUUCGAGCUGAGAAGCUUCAUGGUGCAAGUCCACGACAAUUGCUGUGUGCCGUCUGCCGGAUAUUUUUGCGUUUUUCCCACUCUGCCCUGCUCUUUGUCCACUGGGGACCUGCACCUCUGCCUCAUAACCAUCUGCUUGUUUGAUUAUUCCAAUGUGUGUUCCUCCUGAAUUGUUGCACAUUUCUGUUCAAAUCUUUUUAACUGUCAGGGGAUGGUUUCUGUACAGAUUUGUAAUAUUCUUAACGUUUGUUUUUUUUUUUUUAUUAUUAUUAUUAUUUUGGUGUUGCAGCUGUACCAAAUUAAUGUAAUUCCCGUUUUGAUUUACAUUUUUUUAAAUCUUUGUCUAAUUGAGUAAUAUGUCACUCUUGCACUUGAUUUUUAAAUGCUAUUUAAUAUUUCUGUGUGGCUUUUCGCGUGCUAAUAUAUAAUCCCAAAAUGGCCUGCUGUGGCUGACCAUAACCCUGUACUGAAUUACAGCAGGUUCAAAAAAUAAAUGAAUGGAUGGAUGUUUUUGCAAUGUUUAUAGCUUUAUUUAUUUUCUUGUGUUAUGUGGUGGUGCCUGCUUUUGUUUUGUUUUGUUUUGUUUUUUUUUUGUUUAUUUUGUUUCUUGCAGUGGCUAACCCUAGUUAUGCGGAUUCUACCUUUUUAUACUGUACCAUUUGCUGAUCACUGUGGAGCAAUUCUUUACUACUUCAUAUUGUAUUUUGGAUGGACAAAAUCUAUUCCAGGGUAGGACUUGACAUGCUUGUAACUGUAAUUAAUGCUGUUCACAUGUUGGUUUUGUUUGUUUCUAUUUAUUUUAAUUGAUUUUAAAUUUGUUAAGCCCUUAUAAACUGUUUACUUGUAUGUGUUUAGGGUGUUUUUUUUUUUUUUUUUAACCAAUCAUUGUCAGGAAUUCUCAAACCCCUGUGAGUGUACAUGUUGAACAAUGAAGGUUCAUGGAUCUCGUCUCGUCUAGUGAUUUCAUACUUUUUCAAAAGGCAAGUAAUCAAAUGUGAUGACCGUUAUGAUUAAUGAUCUUUAACGAAGUGUCAUUUCACGACUUUGCACGUGAACCCCUAAAAUUCAAACCAAAUGUACGAGAUCUCCCAGCCGCCACGCCAGUGUCCUUCACUUUCCGCUGUGUCUCAUUCGGGUUGAUGUAUUAAAAGACAGGACGAUGCUUUGAAACAUUCCUGAAACUGCACACAUGUGCAUUGUCGCUGAAUAAUCUUUUAUGUUUAUUGCAAUUUUUUAUUAGAAAGUGAGAUAUCAAUUUUCGUGUUAAUCCUAAUGAUAAAAGCCAUGCCGUCUUUCCUCUCUUCUAUGUCACAGAGCAGUAGCCCUUGAACUGUCGUAUUUUGCAUUUACAUUUGUCCUGCUUUAAUAUCGAAAAGAAUCAAUGUUUAGUUAGUUGCCAUUAGACUGCCUGUAGUUUUGAGACAUUUUGUUUAAACUUCCCCAGCUGAGGAAAGGCUAAAGGCCCCUUUAUACUUCGCAUAACUGUGAAGAUCGGUGUGACAAUAACUUUCGUCAGUUGUCCUUUCGAGUGUGCCUCCAGAUUUUGUUGUCCUGUUUGUGUCAACGGACAACAAAACGUGGACAUGCGUGAAGCGAUUCUGCAUUGGCGCAGUGCCACACACACACACACACACACACACACACACACGAUUGGCCUGUAAACAGCGGGUGGCCUGUCACGUUGUGGAAUGUAAACUUAGGGAUGCUCCGAUCAGGAUUUUUUGAAGGGCCGAUUUGUUGAUCACCAGUUUCAUUUUACUAGAAUUGGAAGAUACCGAUUUGUUGUAUUUUAUUUAUUUUUACACUAAACUCCUGCAUAUCCAGCCAGGCAGAACCUUAUGUUGUACAUUAAGUGGUAUUGUCGCAGUUCACUUGCAGACCACUUGAACAAGGCCUACUAAGUGACCACAAAAUAUGCUAGAAUCUUUUACUGGGAUUUUAUUUUUUUCUUAAACUAAUGUACACCAAAUUUUGAUCCAUAAAACAUGUCAUAAUAAAUAAAAUGCUUGUCAUAAUUAUAAGUUCUAAUAAAAUGUUAUGUUUAUUAAGGAGAUACAAGACUAACGUGCUCCACAAGUUUGCCCCCAAAAAUACAGAAAUGUGGCCGUUAUGUUAACAGGCCUGCGGUUUGCUAAGCAACAAGGAGAAAUUCUCCUUUAUUCUUUUUCUAAUUAAAAAUGUUGGCCACUGUAGUAAACACAAGCUCACUUUCCGUCCUCACUCGGACAAUUACGGGAUAAAACACAAAGGUCUUAACACAUUCAAGGAGUCUCUCGCUCGUUUCGGACGGAGACCCAACUACCAGGUUGCCGAUGACUCCUCGGUUUAUUCCACUUUCUUUCAUAUAAAAGCCAAUAUUCCUGAAGUUUGAUUGUCCGCUUUAUGUCUACUAGAAGUUUCCGACAGAUAAAUAGUACAUGCAGAUCGUACCUAAAUUAUUAUAAAACUUAGAAGAGCAGGCACAGUCUUUCAAAUCGGUUACUUUACCGAACACUACGUCACACAUGGGGAUAAUUGGCCGAUUUUAGGUUAGCAGCUGACCAAUCGGAGAAUCACUAGCGGAACGUGUUCAGUUUAUGCUAAACGCGCAGAUCCGACGGUUCAAAGUUCAGACCCUCACUAAUACACCAGUCCUUGUGGACCGGAAUGGACGAGAAACUCCAAUUUCAAACUUCUUUACCGAUUUUUGUUUACAUUUUUAUAUUCUGCUCUUCGUUACUGUUAAUCGUAGUCGAUUCGUGUUUAAGGAAAAUGCAGCAGUGUGGAUACAAGUGCAAAUAGUUAGAUGGCACAUUUGAGGAAUCUUAUUUUAAUGUUAAGAACUUUGUAAUCCUUAGACAAUAAAAUCAACAAUUGCAAUACACCUGAAAAAUAACUUAAAAUAAGUUUAUAUAUAUAUAUCAUAUACCUGAUUUUAGGCCUGAAGUGACUGAUCUCGAAUCCUGAAAUUCAAACAAACAAACGUGGAGACGAAUCCCUCAGAGGACUGACACGCUGGCCGCUUUGUGUUGUCGGCCGUGAUCUGCUCUCCUGUAGUCUGACUUGUGUGGACCAGGCAGGUCAAUGCUAGUGUGUAGACCCCCAACUUGUUGAUUAUAGUUGUGUAAAUCCAAUUUUUAAUGUUUUAAUUCUGAAAACAUUCUAAUUUUACACUAGGUGCAUACGUGUUUAGCAUUUUAUUGUUAGUUUUGUGUUAAGUUUUCAGCUUUAUUAUUUCAUUUUUUUUGUUAAAUCAAGCACAUAUUUUAUAACGUUGUGUAAUGUUUGUGGGGCACCAGUUUUUGUUUGAAUGCAGUGAAUUUAUUGAAGUGCUACAAUAAUUGUAAGAUUCUCCCUUUAUUGUAUGUGAAUGUGUAAUUUAAUCUGUAUAGAGGAAAAAAAAAAAAUCUAAAUCUUUGUGUUAAUUUUAUUUACCCAAAUGUCGUGGGAGGAUUUGUAUGUGUCUGUAUAUCUACACGCUAAUAAUGUCCGUCUCUGUCAGUAUGCACACACAUACAAAGACCCCACCACCCUGACGUCGUCGUCCUUCUUCUUCUUCUUCUUCUUGUAUGUUUGGGUUUUGGGGGAGUAGGGUGGGUUUGUUUUUUGUUUUUUUGUUUUUUUUCCUUUGUCUACACCAAUGCUUUAUUCCAUCUCUCUUGAUUUGUGUAUAUCAGAUAAAUUAUUAAAUAUUUCUUGUUUCAACUAUAUGCAGUAAAAUGAUUUAAAAAAAAAAAAAAAAUUUCCCUUGACACUACACACAUGUAGUGGAUUUUCCAGCUGUAUUUUUUUAAACAGUAGAAACGUAUUUUUGGGUGACAAUGCUGUCAUGUACAGUAAUGCAACUGGGUUGUAGUCUUCUGAAAAACGCGACUUGAGUUGGGUUACUCCUCCUAAUUCUGGGAUUUUAGAAAUCCCGCCUCCUUGUUUCUGUUUUAAGUUGUAAUACUACUGUUCUGUAUAAUACAUUGAAAAAAACACAAUAAACUUUGAUAUUGCUAA